AUGGGCGACAGCAAAAAACACGCUAUGGCCCAGAUGGGGUAUAUCGCCAGUAUGAUGGGUACUCUGAACAUUACUGGCGGACGCCUCAAGUCUCUAAAAGAUGCCUUACACAAUUUCGACGAAGCCGCAGUUGUUUUGUCACAAAGGGCGGAAAGCGUCGUUGAUCUGCUUCGUGCUGAUGGUCCUUUCAGCCAGGACGACGCCGAGUUCAUCUGCACCGUGCAAGCCAGGGCUGCUGAGCUCGUUCGAGUAGCGAGACUCCUAAACGAUGCGGCAAUUCAGGACAUUGUCAGACAAGUCGUUUCCUUAGGCGGCAAGGCCUCCUUCAACAUAGGCGCCCUUCUUGAGCAUUUUAAGAAGCCCAUAGAGAGGAUUGCACAGGGGGUUAUUCAAGAAGCGAAAAGCGACGAAAUCUUGUGGAAGACUGCUGAAGAAUGUUAUCAUCAAGCUGUAAGACCUUCUGGAGAUCUCAAUCUAGAGAAGCAUCUUGCCAUUAUCGUACUGUUACAGAGCGAAGAGAAAAAAGACAAUUGGGUCAAAUUCUGGAUCCAGUCACUAUGCAAUUGCCCUGGUAGUCCGACACUAUUUCGACCAGAGGACGCCUGUGCUUUCGGCGACUCGGCCAAAAGGCCUCCAAAGCACAUGACACGGUAUCUGUUUCGGGCAUACGAUGCCAACAGCACGGGCCGUAACGACGAAGAGGUCAUGGCAUCUAUCAGUAGCCAGCACGAUGAAGCAAAUCACCACAGGACCGAUAUCUUCUCAAUGGACUAUCAAGAGGCUUCCGAGAUGCUGCAUCAGCAUUUACACAAGGGCCUUUCCGGUACCUGGGUGACCAACAACCUUGUUUCCUGGAGCAGUUCCCUCAUAUUUGUGAUCCAGUAUGCAAAUUGGAGAUUCUGCAAUUCGUGGUUUAGUCAGCAAAAUGAUAUUUCUAUUUGCGCGGUGGACACAUCGAAAUUCCCACGGGGGCAGUUUGCAAAGGAUAAGUGGUUACUUAACUGCUUCAAGCAUGCGGAACUUUCGGAUCAAGAGAACCGCUUUCGUGAUCUUCGACUCAAUGAAGACCAUAAUAACGGAGAGUACCUUUCGCAGGGCUUCCUUCACAUUUCAAAGCGCUCUUGUACUUUAUCUUUGCGAGGUCUGAUAGAUGCUGGACUGUGGAACCUGUACCCAGAGUUCAAUAUCAACGUGGAGCGAGGGGGCGGUGAGGGCCACGUGAGGACUCACUGGCCAGAUUAUGCCAAGACACUUCGAUUGCAAUGGUAUAUCAUACAGAAAACAACAAAAGCGGACGUCAAUUGUGCACUACAUAUUGCAGAGGGAUGUUUUCCAGGUUUCGAUCAGGAUGAUAUGGCAUUGUUGUUACUCUCGUUCCGCGAACGAAAGCUACACCCGGAGGAGCCAUCAUUUCAGGAUCCCUUUGCAGACUUACUAUCUUCCGUAUCAGCUGAGGGCUUAGUAUACGAGGAACCGGUAGAGGUGGAUCGGUACUUGACGCUGAGGAAACGAUUGUCUAAACUGAGCGAAGCGUCAGGAGAACGCGGCAUGAAGGUAUUUGAGCAACUGUAUGUGUUGGAAGAUUCAGAUGAAGACUAG